AUGAGUCACGAUACUUUGUUUCCCAGGCACAUGAGAAGCCCCGGGGAUGAUGGCUACCGCACACCAACCAUUGAAGAUGCCGAAAACGAUCUUGCCGCACAUACAGGCGGCGCAACUUUAUUCCAACCAAGAGGUUCUAGAAUCCAACAGGCCCAUACGUCGGCUUUGCAAGCGUUACACCUCUCCUCCUAUCGCAAGCCCGAGGGAGAUGGUGCCCCGGGGGGAGAUGAUCUGACUCUUCCUCAGAGCGAACCCGAAACCUCGGCCACUGGCCUUGGCUGGAAGAAGCGGAUUCGUCACAUCACCUGGGCCUUCUUUACCUUGACAAUGGCGACUGGAGGGAUCGCAAAUGUCCUAUACUUUGUUCCGUAUAGGUUUCGCGGCCUAGACACCAUUGGGGUCAUCUUCUUCCUCUUCAACUUGGUUCUCUACGUUCUAAUCUGGUGUCUUCUUAUCGCCCGUUUUUACUUCUACCCAUACACGUUCAAGGCAUCUUUUCUGCACCCGACAGAAUCCCUAUUUGUUCCAGCAUCGUUGGUGUCAUUUGGAACGAUAUUGAUCAAUAUCUCACAAUAUGGGCCCGAUCAUGCAGGGCCUUGGCUCACUUAUGCGGUUGGGAUCCUCUUUUGGAUUGACGCAGCUCUGGCAGUCAUUUCUUCUGCCGGUAUUUAUCUCAUUCUCUGGUCUACCCAGACAUUUACGAUUGCACAGAUGACACCUAUAUGGAUCUUUCCGGCGUACCCCAUGCUUAUCAUCGGCCCCCAUGCUGGAAUUCUGAGCUCCAAACUUGAACCUUCCCGUUCUCUGCGGAUAAUAAUUGGCGGUACUACCAUCCAAGGGGUUGGCUUCCUGGUCUCCCUGAUGGUGUACUCGGCAUUUAUUUACCGACUGAUGUCGCAGAAGCUGCCCCGAGAAAACGUCCGGCCCGGUAUGUUUGUCUCAGUCGGCCCCAGUGCUUUCACAGUGUCGGGAAUCGUCAACAUGGCUGCCCAUGCGAAAAGAAGCUUCCCAGAGGACUUUAUGGGCAACGGUGCGUUGGCUGCGGACAUUGUGAAGGUUGUUGCUGAUUUUGCCUGCUUAUGGUUAUGGGGACUAGCGAUCUUCUUCUUUUUCAUCGCAAGCUUUGCACAUUGGUCUGUCAUCGGCCCGGGCCGAAUGGUCUUUUCGAUGGCGUGGUUUUCAUUCGUGUUUCCAAAUACGGCCCUGAUAACGGCGACUUUUGCAAUCGGCAACGCUUUCUCUUGCAAACCAAUCUCAGUUAUUGGGUGCGCAAUGGUAAUUCCCCUUCUUUUGAUGUACGUAUUUGUCUUCUAUAUGAUGGUCCGUGCCAUUGUACAUCGUCAAAUCCUCUGGCCCCAAAAGGGCGAAGAUAAAGACGAAGGUGGCUUUCAGAUUAACCAAAUCCAGCCGGACUCGCCAGGUGAGGACACACCCGUCUGAAGGAGUCGCCUACUUGAUGUGGUAUCCAUGAUCCCUCGACGUUGAAUA